AUGGGUACUAAAUGUAGUUCAUCGAAAACAUCACAUAUUACUCCAUCAAUAAAUAUUUCCCAUAAUCAACUUAAAGAAUAUCAUAAAUUAACAAAUAUUCCUGAAAAUGAAAUUUUAAUAUAUUAUCGACAAUUUUUAAAUAUUAGUCCAACUGGACGAAUGACAUAUUCACAAUUUGAUAAUCAACUUAAAACAAUGGGUAUAACAAUGGAUGGAAGUAAAGCAAUAUUUAAAAUGAUUGAUAAAGAUAAUUCUGGACAAAUAUCAUUUCAAGAAUAUCUUCUUUCGAUAGUUACGUUUUCUCAGCAAUCACAACCUGAACAACAAUUAGGUGCUGUUUUCGAUACAUAUCAAGCACUAUCUCGACAAAGUAUUAAGCAAACAUCUAAUGAUUUACAUAUUCAAGGUAUGACAAAAAAUGAUAUUGAACAUAUGUUGAAACGAAUGCAUCCAGAUUUAUCGAAAGACGAUAUUGAAGAAUUAUCUAAUCGAUAUAUGGAUAGUGAUCAAAAUAAAAAUGGAUAUAUUAGUAAACAAGAAUUUAUUGCUGCAUGUAUGAAAAAUCCUAAACUUAUGGAACAAUUAGGACAUAAGAUUGUUAUUACUAAAAUUGAUACAAAUGAAAAUAAUGAAUAA